UUCGCGAAAAUGGCGGGAAACGAAGGAAGCCGCAGAAAGAAGGAAGGGGAUGAGUGUUUUCGGUGGAACAAUUUUGACGAUUUAAUCAAUUCUCGACGGUGAUUUCUUUCGAAUCUCGUCGCAUUUCGUUUCACUCUUCGCAUCGCGUUGUAUUUUGUUAUAAACAAUGGCAGUACAACCUAAUCAACAGUUUAAUAUGGAUCCUCCCACGCAACAAGGCUUCGUUAGAUUUUUUAAGAGUCUUCCAGAGAAACUUGAUACGACGAUACGAAUCUUCAACAGGUCAGAUUAUUAUACGUUACAUGGAAGCGAUGCCCUCUUUGCUGCACAAGAAAUAUUUAAAACAACGUCUGUUUGUAAAAUGAUCGGAGCUGAGCCACAUAAAACCGAAGGAGUUAUUCUCAAUAAGGGCCAUUUCGAGACAUUCGUGCGCGAUUUAUUGUUAAUUAAACAAUACAGGGUUGAGGUCUACGUCAAUCAAGGCUCGUCGAAAAAUCAAAACUGGAUCUUGGAGUACAAAGGUUCCCCCGGCAAUCUAGCUCAUUUCGAAGACAUCUUAUUCGGUAAUAAUGAUAUAGCUGUGGGUGUAUCUGUAAUAGCUGUGAAACUAGGUACGGAAGGGAAAUCCAGAGUCGUUGGAUUAAGUUGUGUGGAUGUCGUUUCAACUUCAAUUUUAGUCGCCGAAUUUCAAGAUAACGAGUCAUUUUCGAAUUUAGAAGCACUCGUUGUAACUCUUGCUCCAAAAGAGUGCUUACUUAUUCAAGGAGAAGGCAGUUAUGAGUUUAAAACUCUUAAACAAUUAAUGGAAAGAAAUAAUGCGAUGGUUACUUUAAGAAAAAGAAAUGAAUUUUCCAGUGAUUCAAUCAUAGAUGAUUUAAAUACGUUAAUAAAAUUCAAGAAAGGACAGAAGGAGAAUGCACAAUCGCUGCCUGAAGUUAAUUUAAAUUCAGCAAUGUCUGCUACAUCUGCUCUUAUCAAAUAUUUAGAUUUAACAUCGGACGAGGGCCACCUGAAUCAAUUUAGUCUACAGCAAAUGGAGCAAUCGCGAUACAUAAGACUGGAUUCCGCGGCAAUAAAGGCUCUUAAUAUAGAACCGCAGAUUGACACAGCUUCUAAUUUGUACGGAAAUCCUGCCGCCAGCGUCUUAACAUUAUUAGACAAGUGCAGAACCGCACAGGGGCAUCGGCUGAUUGCGCAAUGGGUUCGACAGCCUCUUAGAGACUUGUCUCUAAUAAAGGAACGGCACGACAUCGUCGAAAUAUUAGUACAGAAUAACGAAUUAAGAUCCAUACUUCAUGAUGAUUAUUUAAAACGUAUACCAGAUUUGCAGCAGCUUGCCAAGAAAUUGGCUAGAAAAAAAUCGGCGUUACAGGAUUGUUACAAAAUUUACUUGUGUGUAUCAUAUUUGCCGAAACUAUUAGAACAACUUUCAUCGGAAGCAAAUGUGACAGCAUUAAAAGCAAUGAUAAUAAAUCCAUUAAAAGAAUUGAUAGAAGAUAUGGAUAAAUUUCAACAAUUGGUGGAGCAGACAAUCGAUUUAGACGCUGCUGAGAAAGGAGAUUUUAUGGUUAAUCCGGGAUUUGCGGAUGAUUUAAAAGAAUUAAAAGAUGCCAUGGAGGAAACAGAGGAAAGGAUACAACGACAACUCGGUAAAGCGGCGGAUGAUCUUGGCUUGGAAGCAGGAAAAACGAUAAAGUUAGAAUCUAAUCAACAAUUUGGUUAUUACUAUCGUAUUACGCUAAAGGAAGAGAAAAUACUUAGGAAUAACAAGCGCUAUACAAUAUUGGAUUCUAAUAAAGCUGGUGUAAGAUUCCGUAAUUAUAAAUUGAGCGAAAUAAACGACGAUUAUAUAGCCGCCAGAAAUAAAUAUCUGGAGAGACAGAAGGAUGUUAUAACAGAGAUUGUGGGAAUUGCAGCUGGUUACAGCGAAACAGUACGUACUAUUGGUGGUGUGCUGGCGUGCCUCGACGUUCUCACGGCGUUUGCUUCCGCAGCAGUGAGCGCUAAUAAGGUAUAUGUGCGUCCUGAGAUGGUCCCGAGCGAGGAAGGCGAAUUGAAUCUCGUUCAAGUCAGACAUCCGUGUUUGGAGAUGCAACAAGGAGUAGAUUAUAUUGCCAACGAUAUAAAUUUUAAGCGUGAUCAGUACCAUUUUUGCAUUAUUACUGGUCCGAACAUGGGAGGUAAAAGUACUUACAUCAGAUCAGUCGGUGUAACUGCAUUAAUGGCGCAUAUCGGUAGUUUUGUUCCUUGCGAUAAAGCGACCAUAUCAUUAUUGGAUUGUAUAUUGGCUCGAAUAGGAGCUGACGAUUCCCAAUUGAAAGGAUUAUCAACUUUCAUGAUGGAAAUGAUAGAAACUGCUGCCAUUUUGAAAACAGCAACAUGUAAUUCUCUCGUAAUUAUUGACGAAUUGGGUAGAGGAACAUCCACUUAUGAGGGUUGCGGUAUAGCAUGGUCGAUAGCAGAACACUUGGCAAGGGAUAUUAGAUCAUACAGUUUGUUUGCUACUCACUUCCAUGAGAUCACCAAGUUAGCCGAAGAAAUACCUACUAUACAAAAUCAUCACGUCACUGCUCUUGUCGAAGAUGACAAAUUGACGUUGCUUUAUAAAGUGAGACCAGGAAUCUGUGAUCAAAGUUUUGGUCUUCAUGUUGCUAAAAUGGCGAAUUUCCCUUCAGAUGUGAUAGAGUUUGCCAGAAAAAAGCAAGCAGAACUUGAGGAUUAUCAAAGCGUAGCUUUUGAAGGAUCCGAUAAUCUCCAAAAGAAACGGAAGAUUGUUCAGGAGGCUGAAACUCUCAUCUCGCAAUUCCUCAAGAAGUGUAAAACUUUGGAUCUGAAAUGUUUAUCCGAUGCUGAUCUAGAAAGUGAGAUAUCGUCAUUGAAGGAAGAGGUACUCUCUCAUAAAAAUCCUUACAUCAAAGCACUACUAGAUGCUUCUUCUUAAAAAAACUUGACAAUUAUAGAAAUCCCUAUGUUUGGGAUGCUUAAAAGAGAGUCGGACAACAUACAAGCAGUAUUAUUUUUAUAAAUAUCUUGUUAAUUAUAAUACACCUUCUUUCAA